GAUUAACACACAGUCAUUUUUACAGCAUUUUUGUCUUUGUUUAGCGAGAGUUUUUUUGGCAAAAUGGCAACUACUAGUAAUGUUUUAAGAAUUGACCUGACUCUAGAUGAGAACAAAUUGGAGGAAGGUGCUCUGAAACUAUUUGAAACAGUUAAACCAGGAUGGAACCAGAAAGACAUAAAGUUCAAGGUUUUUACUGCUGGAAUCUCAAACAAACUUAUCGGCGGCUACCUCCCGGAAGAUAAGAACACCAUGGCCCUCGUCCGAGUCUACGGGAAGAAGACGGAAUUGCUCGUCGAUCGGGAGGCAGAAAUCAAGACGUUUCUCCUUCUUCAUAAAGCUGGUUGUGGACCUCAACUGUACGCAGCGUUUAACAACGGUCUCUGCUACGAGUAUUUACCAGGAAUCAUUCUUGAUUCCAAAAUGGUUCAAGAGGAACGUAUCUUCAGGCUUGUGGUGAAAGAGAUGGUAAAAAUGCACUCCAUCAAGCCACAAGAGGGCGCUGUUCCACCUCCUUGCCUUUUUAAAACGAUGGAGAGAUGGCUAUCAACUCUACCAGAAAAGUUUGAGGAUGCAAAUAAACAGGAGAGAUAUAUCCGUGGCAUUGUUCCUCAAUCCCAGCUCCACGAGGAGGUCAGUCUAAUAAAGAGCGCCCUCCUUUGUCUAGAAACACCUGUCGUUUUCUGCCACAACGACGCACUGCUGGGCAAUAUUGUUUUUAAUGAAACUGAAGGUACACUAAAAUUUAUAGAUUAUGAAUAUGCCUCCUUCAACUACCAAGCCUUUGACAUAGGCAACCAUUUUGCGGAAUUCGCUGGCAUCGAGGUGGUUGACUACAGCCUGUACCCAGAUAAAGACCUCCAACUGAAGUGGCUGAGAGCGUUCCUGGUCGCUUGGAGGGAAGCUCAAAACAUUCCAGACGAAGUCACUGAGCGGGAUCUCGAGGUUUUAUAUGUCAAAGUCAACAAAUUUGCCCUGGCUGCCCAUCUUUUCUGGGGGAUAUGGGGACUAAUCCAAUCUCACAUCUCCACCAUUGACUUUGACUACUUAGACUACGCAAAGCUCCGUUUUGAUGAAUACUUCACUAGGAAGGACAGGUUCUUGGCACUUCAGCUACCAGAGUAAGAAUUCAAUUUCUACAGAGGAUAUCCCACCCUAGAACCCACCCCAUCCCAAAACAAUAAAUACACAGCUUAAGAUUUUUACUCUAUAAGGACUGAAAUAGAUAAUUAAGUUCCAGGCUUUUUUCUUUAGGAUCACGUUUUUUUUUACAGAAAAACUUUCGCUCAGUACUUCCAAGUUGUGUACAAUUGACAAUUCUUAAAACUUGUUAAUUUUCUCGAGGAUUUUAAAGGUAACUACCUAAGUAGUAGUAGCGACUUUUUUAAUGAUCACUGCCUGUUAGUUAGUUAAAAAAUAAAUAAAUUACACAUUUGUUUUCGGCUGAAAUUUUCCCAUGAGGAUGAACACCAAGAGUAAAUUUAUUGCGCACGAGACAUACUCAUGGAUUGUAAUAUUUUGUAAACACCAUUUGUUUAUGUAUAAUUGUCAGGUGCUUGGUGUACCCCCCUCCUAUUGUGUCCUGGGAAUCUCAGGUAUUCUUAAGAUUAAAAAAAAAAUAUAUAUAUUAUAUUAUAUUUUUUUUUUAGAGGGAGACACCUUCUGCUUACUGUCUUGCUUAGGCAUGGUAGUAAUCAACAACACAUAACUUGACAUGGCUGGCUAAACUUUUAGAUUUUGAAUUUUUGAGAAUUUUUAGAAGACAACAGUCAUUUUUACUGUUCUAGUUUUACUGUGGUCUUUUUCAAAACCACGGUUUGGGUACCGUCUCUGGCCGGCCCCACCAAUAAUUUUGACAAAGCAAAUUUUUGGAGCGGAAUUUUAAGAAGGCAGACAGUGCAUAGCCGAUACCAUUCCUAAAGCCAUAACUUUUGAAAAUGACCAAACUCGAGCUGGGGAAUAUUAUUUCAUGACAUGGCCCCUACUUUCGGACUUUUUGUUAAACGCAGUGGACACUAUUGGUAAUUACUCAAAAUAAUCAUUAGCAUAAAACCUUUCUUUGUGACGAGUAAUGG